AUGUUUUACUAUCCCAACGUUCUGCAACGUCAUACCGGAUGCUUUGCUACAAUUUGGUUGGCAGCCACCGGAGCCUCAAAACUCCUAAAACGAGAAUACCUAAAAGUCAACGUUCCCCAAACAUGUGAGGAGAUCUUGGCUUACAUCCUGGUUCGUGUCCCACCACCAGUUCCUGGAUCACCCCGCCCAAGAUUCUCUCUCUACCUCUCUGCUCAGCUACAAUACGGCGUGAUCUUGGUUUACAGUCGCCAAUGUCAAUAUCUCGUCGAGGAAAUCCAACACGCCUUGGAGCGCCUGACCCGAGCCCAGCAACAGAUAAGGAUCGAUCUAACCGAUCUUGAACAACCGGGUCUCCUGCUUCCGGAUCAACUGGCUCUUAUGGAAGCGUUGGAAGAAGCACCUGAUCCCUUUUUCGGCAUGAUGGAACCUCUGCUGCCCAGCCCUUUUUCGAUCCCAUAUGUUCGAGACCUCUUGGAGACCCCAACUCCUGAAAGAAGCCCUCUGGAACUGUCUCCUCCUUCCCUCCGUCCUCGAAGGACAGGAAAACCGAGGCUCACGGUCUCUCCUGAAGCCAUCACGCUUAAAGAAUCCGAGCCCAUCACACUGCUGAAAAUUGAAGACGAGCACGAUCUCCCUGAAAUCACAGCCGGAGAGAUCGACUUGUUGGUGGAGCAGGAAGGAUUCCUGGUGCCCGGGACAGAGAAGGAACCAUUGUCCCCUCAAGCCAUUGCCAGAAAAAGGCGCGCAGAGGAAGAAUCCGUGGAGGAAGCCAGAGUGCCGGAGCCAUGGGUGUCCUUGGGGCUCUCGCCUCCCACAGGGAUGGCGGAAGAGGCCGUGGCAGCGAAAGAAACGGGGCCGCUGUUGAGAGAAGAGACCCGGCCUUCCGUAGGCGUUCCUCUGCAGCCUUUGGAGAUUACUCCUCCGGGAGCAGGACCCAGGUUCCCGCCGACUCCCCCUUCUCCCGGGGUGAAGGCCAGGAGGGGGCACCCACUGAGCCCCGAGCUCCAGCUGCCCGAGUACGAGCCGUCUCCUCCCCGUCCCUCCAAGCGCCGAAGGCAGCUGCGUUUCAUGGACGUGGUGACUCAGAUUUCCAGGGAGGAUUUCCAGAAACAGAUCUCGGAUCCCCGCAUACAGUGCCAGCCCUUGGAGAAAGUCCUCUUGCCAGCCAAGAGAUUAAAGACGCCGGCGGAACUGUUGAGUAACCCAACUUAUGGAUGGAUGCACCCCACUCUCCGGGAAUUAUGGGGCCGUUGCGCCAAAGUCAAGCCAAUUAACUAUGCCAAAGAACGACUUGAAGAAGAGGAGGAACGGAGAGCUGAGAUUCCCAGCGAGCUCGAGGAGCUGAGGGCGGCUGAGGAACCGAGCGGGCCUCCGGUGGGCUCCUCAGAAAUAUCCCUCGAGACGACCGAGGAAGAAGCUCGCCCAGGUUUGAAGACACCUGAAGAGAGGGUUCUCCUCGAACCGGAAAGCGGGAUCUUGCCCGUGGUGCCCGAACUCCCCGAAAUCAGUUUCGAAUUGCCGCUGGAGAAGGAGGUGAUCACUUUGGGCUACGUCCGCAGGUUGGUGGCAGCCAAACUGGAAGAGGUGGAAGAGGUGGAUUUCGACCAGCUGGUGCCCCUCACGGCGUCCCGAGCCGUGGCCAGCCGGUUUUUCUACCUGUGCUUGGUUCUUGCCGCAGGUCAGAUCCUGAGCUUGGAACAAAAGGAGGCUUACGGACAGAUCAUCAUUAAGCCAGGAGCGUGUUUCCCCCACAGCUAAGCCGAUUCCGCUCCGCGAUUCUGACGUCCCUUCACCCGCACUCCGCUCCCGAAACAGCGGCCUCCUUGGUGAAGAUUCAGGCUUGGAGGGAAGACCCCAUUUGGUGGUUCAGGUGAAGUUUUCUGGAUUAAACCAAUGUUAUUAUUUCCAGGUCCUGGUUCAUUGCCUUUCCCUGCUUUUUAAAAAAAUAAAUAAAUAAACCUGUUGAAUUUUAAUCCGCAAGGGGAGAUGGAUCGUUUUUGACUUUCUAGGAUAGAUUUGUUGGGACAGAAAUGUCCAGUUCCAAGGGGGAAGAAAGAUAGUGGAAACACGGAGGCUGCUUGCAAAGAUGGUUUAAUGGUGGACAGGAUACGUGGUUUUUUGGGG